CCUCAUAAAUUUCCUUUUUCACUCUCAGCAGCUUCAAGCUCUGAAACCCUAAUCCCCAAAUCUCUUCCAUGGCGUGCACAAUCGACUUCCGCCGCCUGGAUGAGGGCUUUGGUGGAAAAACCUAUAAGAGAAAGCGUGAAGAAGCUGAGAAAAGCCUCAUCAUCACUGAAUCUGAAAAUGCCGACACCGGAAUGGAGAUUGACGACUCACUUCCACCACCACCUGCCAAGCGAUCCGCUAUUCCUUCGUCGGAAAAUCCUGAUAAACCGACUUACGGAAACCCCACGUACGACGGCGUGAUCGGGGGAAAAGUCUCCGGACGGAAGUGGAAACAGGCGCGGAAGCACAGGACGUCGGCUAUGCAGGUGAGCCGUAAAGGCACGACGUUCGAGGAGAGGGAGAGGCAGAAGAUGAUUAAGGCGGCGUUUAAGGAACGGAAGGAGGAAUUGAAGGAGCAGAUUAGGUUAAAUAAGGUGGAGAAGAGAAAGAAGAGGGAGGAGAGAGAGAAGAAGAAGAAGGAAAACAUAUUGAGAUCUGGAACUAAGCUACAAAAGAUUACAAAUCCCAAAACGCUGAAGAAGAUUGCUAAGUCUAAGCAAAAGAAGCUCCUCAAGGUUGUUCCUGAGGAUUACAUCAAAAAAUAGGUCCGUCGCUUUUGUUCUAAGGUUUUCCCACCAUCUUUAAAUAGAUUUAUCAGUUUUGAAUCUUGGAAUUUUGACUGUAAUCAUAAAAAUGUUAGCAUAACAAUAUUAAAAUUUUUGAUUAAACAUCUUAUUCCGAUCAUUUAUAAGGCACAGCGAUGGUACGUAAUCUUAAUGUU